CCAUCCUUAUCUCCAAGCAUGGACUACACUUAGUAUUACUCAUUUAUUUCGAUCUCUCAUUUUCUAUUUGUUAAUUAGCUUAGUUAGAGAUCGAUAUUCAGUCGAUUGUCUGAUCAUAUAGUUAAAAGCAUACUGCGGGCCACCGCCACCGCCACCGCCACCACCCUACUAAGUCUUGAGAGAAUAGUGGGUUGGAUCGUUCGAUGAACAUGAACUGGUUGGGUUUCUCUCUUUCCCCUCAAGAAGGUGAUAAUGCUUCCAUAUCACACCAGCUGACUGACCAGCAAACUUUAGCCUCUCGCCUUGGCUUCAACUCCAAUGAAAUCAACGGUGCUGAUGGUGGCACUGAUGUCUCUGGAGGCGGUGGCGGGGGUGAGUGCUUUGAUCUCUCUAAUUCCGGCUCCACAGCUUCUCUCAAUCACCACCUCCCUCCAUCUAAUUUUGGCAUGCUUGAAGCCGCAGCUUUCAACAGAAAUAAUGAUCACAUCCACUCCCAAGAUUGGAAUAUGAAGGGUGCGGGCAUGAACUCAUCAGGCAGCAAUAACUACAAAGGGACUUCAUCAUCAGACCAGUUGUCUACUGUGCUAAAAAAGGACUUCAUUAUCAGCCAGGCAAACCUUGAAAAUGAUCAUCAUCAACAACUACCAAAGCUUGAAAACUUCCUUGGCCGGCAUUCUUUUGCAGAUCAUGACCGCGGCAGUUCUAGUCAUAAUUACAUGUUUGAUAUGAAUAACGGACCGGGUCCAGUUAGCAGUAAUGUUAUGAAUACUAAUACUAGUAACAAUAUUGGGUUGUCAAUGAUCAAAACAUGGCUGAGAAAUCAACCUUCCCAGCCGCACGAUAACCACCAACAGCUGGAGCAGGACAGUAAGGAGAGCAGAAAUCAACCACAGAGUAGUCUAUCACUCUCAAUGAGUACUGGAUCACUCCACACAGUUGCUACUGCAACCGCAGCUGGUGAUGCUGCUAGUGCCGCCACUGGAAAAACUACUUGUCCAUCAGAUAAAAAUACUAAGCAAUCACCGGUGGUGACAGGCACGACAACGGGGACUGAUGCUCAGACUCAAACUGCUGCUGCAGGUGCUAUUGAGGCCGUGCCAAGAAAGGCCAUUGAUACAUUUGGCCAGAGGACAUCUAUAUACCGGGGUGUAACGAGGCACAGAUGGACAGGUAGAUAUGAAGCCCAUCUAUGGGAUAAUAGUUGCCGAAGAGAAGGACAAACUCGCAAGGGAAGGCAAGUUUAUUUAGGUGGUUAUGACAAAGAAGACAAAGCAGCCAGAGCUUAUGACUUAGCAGCGCUGAAAUAUUGGGGCACCACAACCACUACCAACUUUCCGAUCAGUACAUAUGAGAAAGAGAUCGAUGAAAUGAAGCCCAUGACAAGACAGGAGUACGUUGCAUCUUUGAGGAGAAAGAGUAGCGGAUUUUCUCGUGGUGCAUCUAUUUAUCGUGGGGUGACCAGGCACCACCAGCAUGGGAGAUGGCAGGCAAGGAUUGGAAGAGUUGCGGGGAACAAAGAUUUAUACCUAGGAACUUUCAGCACCCAAGAGGAAGCAGCGGAAGCGUAUGACAUUGCUGCCAUAAAGUUCCGAGGACUAAAUGCAGUAACCAACUUUGACAUGAACAGAUAUGAUGUGAAGUCCAUUUUGGAGAGCAGCGCAUUGCCCAUCACAACUGGUGCCACUGCAAAGCGAUUGAAAGACGUUCAGCAGCAGCAGCAGCCUCCUCCUGCAGAUCAUCAUCAUCAGAUCAUGUUGUCGUCUGUACUGGAUCAUCACGGACAGAUGAUCAGAUCCUCAUCACCAACAGAACAUGACAUCAUGAGCAAUGUGUACGCAUAUGGAUCUUAUGGUGCCCCACAGGGGUGCAGUUGGCCAGCUCUUGCAUUUAACCAAGCCCAAGCCCAAGCCCAAGCCCAAGCCCAAGCCCAAGCUCAAGCAGUUGCUGCUGCUCCUCCUCAUCAGGCGCCUUUUGCAGCUAGUAUCAAUGGCAUGCAGUUGCACUACUCGCCAUAUGGAUAUGGAUACAAUAAUGCACAUGCGAAGAGGGUUUGGUGCAAGCAAGAGCAAGAUACUAAUUCAAAUCAGGAAAGCAGCUUUCAUAAUCAGGAUGAUGAUCAUCUUCGUCAACAACUCCAGUUGGGAGGUACCCACAAUUUCUUUCAUGAGCAUGAUCAUCAUCAGCAGCAGUCGAGUGGCCUAAUGGGACUAAUGGAUUCUUCAGUAGCCUCUAUGGAACACAGCUCAGGAUCAAAUUCUGUCAUAUAUAGUGGAGGAGAUCACCAUGGUAAUAAUAAUGGGUAUGGAAGCAGUACGGCCGGGACUGGUAGUGGCUACAUAAUGCCCAUGGCUAUGGGUACAGUUGUAGUUAACGGUGAUCACAAUCAAGGUGAUGGAAAUAAUAACAAUGUCAUUGCUUUUGGAGAUGGUGAUGAUCAUCAGCAGCUUGGUUAUGAUGAUCAUAAUCAAAAUAUGUUUCUCGGUUCAAGUAGUACUACAGACUCCUCUUAUCAGCAUCACGUAAGCAAUAGGAACUUGUAUUAUCAUCUUCCAGUACAUGACGAUCAGCAUGAAUCGUCGCCAGUAGAAGUAGCUACUAAUAACACUACUGCUACAUGCAACAUGAAUUGGGUGCCAACAGCCGUUCCAACUCUUGCUCAUCCUACUUUUACAGUCUGGAACGACGCAUAG